CAGGAGCCGAGGCGGUGACAGCCAGGAGCCAAGGAGGCACGCAGCGGCUUGGUGCACGGGGUGCUCCUGGGCCAGGACCCCCACCCCAACACCUGGGCUCCAGCACAGCCUGGCGGGUGCCCAGCACACCAUGGCAGCCCCCAGCUUCAUGCAGGAGAUGCACGCCGUGGGCCAGAGGCUGCUGCUCAAGCUGAAGAGUCUGCCUCAGGCGGAGCCCGUGGAGGUGGUGGCCUUCUCUGUCAUCCUCCUUUUCGUAGCCACAGUCCUGCUGUUGCUGCUCAUCGCCUGCAGCUGCUGCUGCGUCCACUGCUGCUGCCCCCAGCAGCGCGGCAGGAAGAUCCAAGUGCGGCCUGUGACCUUGCCGUGAGAGAUGGUGGGACGACUGAGGAGAAGCUGGAGAGGAGCCUGCCGCAGCCUGGGCCCCAGCCACAACACAGGCAAUCAGCCACCCUGCAACCCUCAGCCCAGGACAGAGAGCCACCAGCUCAGGACAGAGAGCCACCGGCCUAGCUCUGGCCCUGCCCGGGUACCUGGACACUGGAGCCUUCUAAGAACAUAGGGCUGUUACAGGGACAAACUUCUCAGCUCCCAGGGGACACCGGGUGCCGAGGAGGCGGCGACUGUCUCAGAGACUGAGAACACCACCCCGGAUUCUCUGCCGACCUGCACUUUCUGACAGAACAGGGAAGCAGGACCCCAUCUCUUGAGGGAGAAGAGCCGGCACCUGUGGGGAGCUGGCUCUGGGGGUUCUUCCAAGGAGUUGGCACAAGCUAAUCAGAGGGACUUUGUGCAACAGCUACUGG